CUCGUAUGCUGACUCGGCCUGAGAGCAACGUGGAGUUGUUUCUGACAUGUGUACAACUCUCCUUUCUAAUAUACCGGAGCGACAUUUCACGACAACCGCAACCAUCCAGCUUCGUUUCCGUUCAAGUCGACACGACACGUGAACUCAACGCUGUGAAGCCGUGGUCUGUUAGGACCUGAUCUGGGGAUCCAACUGACUUGUUGGUUUCGCCAUUAACCCAGAUUGUGAACGGUGAAAGAUCCAGACCAGACUCCCCCUGUAUGGGUGAUGGCAGCACGUCUGCAGUGAUAUGACAGUAACUCCACUGACACGGAAAACUGGGAACGAAACGCAACGAGCCGACCUCGCAAACUCUGCAAGCACUUGAGACGCAGUCACGCCGCAGCAUCGAGAGGGGAGGCAGAACUGAGGACGAUGAGCAUGCACGGUGCCAGUGGAGGUUGCGACCGCUCACGUGACCGCCGCCGCUCCAGCGAUCGCUCCAGAGACUCCUCACGCGAGAGAGACGGCCAGCUCACCCCCUGUAUCCGCAACGUCACCUCGCCCACCCGCCAGCACACCAGUGAGCGAGAUGGUGGCUUGUCCUCGCGGCCUUGCAGCCCGCGGCCUCAGAGGAUCUCUCCCAGCGGCUCCAGCAGCAGCGGGGUGGUGAGCACUCGCAACAGUUGCCUCUCAAGUACUGAAGGCACCUUCAAGAGCUUGGGAGUUGGAGAAAUGAUUUUUGUCUACGAGAAUCCCAAGGAGGGGCUAGCGGAUGCCACCGUGGAAAACCGUAAUAUUCGGACCUCAGAAAGAGUCACUCUGAUUGUGGACUACACGCACUUUGUAGUAGAUCCUUCCAUCUUCACUGCACAACCCAAUACCAUGUUGGGCAGAAUGUUUGGAUCUGGAAGAGAGCAUAAUUUCACACGGCCCAACGAGAAGGGCGAGUACGAGGUGGCGGAGGGCAUUAGCUCAACCGUUUUCCGAGCAAUUCUGGAUUACUACAAUUCUGGGAUAAUCCGCUGUCCUGAUGGAAUCUCUAUCCCUGAGUUGCGGGAGGCGUGUGACUAUCUAUGCAUCUCCUUCGACUAUAGCACCAUCAAAUGCAGAGACCUCAGUGCCCUGAUGCAUGAGCUGUCCAAUGAUGGAGCUCGGCGGCAAUUUGAGUUUUACCUGGAGGAGAUGGUACUGCCUCUGAUGGUGGCCAGUGCCCAGAGCGGAGAGAGGGAAUGUCACAUUGUAGUCCUCACUGAUGAUGAUGUGGUUGACUGGGACGAAGAGUAUCCACCACAGAUGGGAGAAGAGUAUUCACAGAUCAUCUACAGCACAAAACUGUACAGAUUUUUCAAGUAUAUUGAGAACCGAGAUGUUGCCAAAUCAGUUUUAAAGGAUCGAGGAUUAAAGAAAAUAAGACUGGGCAUUGAAGGUUACCCUACAUAUAAAGAGAAAGUGAAAAAACGACCAGGAGGGCGUCCAGAGGUCAUUUACAACUACGUCCAGAGACCCUUCAUCCGCAUGUCCUGGGAAAAGGAAGAGGGGAAAAGCCGUCACGUGGACUUCCAGUGUGUGAAGUCCAAGUCCGUCACUAACCUGGCGGCAGCAGCAGCCGACAUCCCCCAGGACCAGCUGGUGGUGAUGAACUCUGGCCCCCAAGUGGAUGAACUGGACAUCCUACCUGAUCACCUACCCGAUGGGAAUCACAACAACGAGCCUGACCCCGAUGCCCCCUCACCUGCUGUCUGAGGACACACUGGUCCUCUCUCAAUGCCUCGGCCCCUCUCGUCCCUCCCCCAGCACGCUGCAGCAUGGAGGGCCAGGGGCUCCAUAACCAUAUUGCCUUGACACCUCCUUUGCAGCCUUAGAGCCUCAAGAACCUGGUUGACUGUAGAAAAAGAAGCAUGAGGGACUUAAGACUGGUGGAUGUUUAAUAUUAUUUUUGUUUUUUACUUGACCAAAGGAAUUUAUUUUUCUGUUUGGGGAAAAAAAAGAUCUGUAAAACACUUAUUAACAUUAUUCUUUACAAUGUUAUUGUAUUUGAUGGUUUUGGCAGAGCACUCAUGUGGUGUCACUGUUUUUUUCACAGGGUUUUAUUUUACUGGUAAUAUUGAUUUUGAUUGUCUUGGGUGGCCUAAAUACUAAAUGUGCUUUGGGGAAAAUAUGACUUUCUGGUCAUGAAAAAAAAUGUAUCGCCGCAUAGUGUCAUGAUCUCUGGUUCAACUCCUCUCAGUAGUCUUCGAAUCUUGUAAUUGGGUAUGUAGUUAUUGGCUGGAUCUGAAAUGUGAUGUUCUGCUCUUCCCCUCAGCCAAGAUAUUAAGCAGAGCACAGGCUGUUGUGGUCAAAAUCUUUCUGUGCAAAGCUUGAAAUUGUUGUUAACAAAUUAAAUGUAAAAUCAUCAAAUAAAGACAUCAAAAUCA